AUGGCUACGGCUACAAAACAACGAGAGUUUGGACUUCCCUCCAACUCGAAGCGCAAAAUUGAUGCUGUUCAAAAGCUGUCAAGAGUGUCAACAGCGUCGACUGUAAAGACACUUGGAAUUGCUGCCCACUCAAAGAAGAUUAAUUUUUCUCAGUCGUCCCACACUUUCCCAGGAAAGUAUCCACCAAGAAUUUUGAGAGACAUGCCUACUACGUGUGAUUUUAGUCCAGGUUGUGGAAAGCCAGUUCCUACUUCUUCUAAAAUUGGUGUUUUCAAUGGGAAGUCUAGUGAAGAAAGCAAACAAUUAAUAUCUGAUGAUAAUUAUGGUCGACAUGCUAAAAAAAUCAGAAUCGACCGGAAUAAGGAACAAAAGGAUGUUUGGAAUCCUGAACAGAGUGGUUGCUCUGGGGAUUCCAAAGCUAACAAAAGUCGCGAACAAGUGGUGGAGACUAAGAAGCUGUUUAGAAACUUAUUCUCUAAGAAACAGAGAGAACAGAUAGCGAAGGAAGGAAAGAAAAACAGUGCAACCGGGAUAAAAUUAGCAAAGAGUCUUGAGAAGGAAGGCAAAUGGGUUAACAGGAGCAAACAAAUAGGACCUGUUCCCGGAGUUGAAGUUGGUGACUUGUUUUAUUCUGCUGCUGAAAUGAAUGUCGUUGGCCUUCAUCAUCAGUUUCAAAGUGGUAUCGAUUACUUGAAGGGUUUGGAUGGAAAAUUAUUCGCCACAAGCAUUCUUGUUUCCUGUCGUUAUGACAAUGACAUGAAAUCCACUGAUUCCUUCACUUAUACAGGUCAAGGUGGAAAUCCAUUGGUUGGACGUGUGGAACCAAAAGAUCAGAAAUUUACAUGUGGAAAUCUUGCUUUGAAGAAUAGUUUAGAAGCUGGAAAACCUGUAAGGGUAAUCUGGGGGUUCAAGUCUUCAGAAUCUUUAUACGUCUACUAUGGCUUGUACCUUGUGAAGGGAAACAAGAAGAUUCCCACUCUUGUAGUGAAUGCAGAUAUUUGUGUGAAUGAUAUUUCACAAGGAAAAGAGAAGAUUCCCAUUCGUGUAGUGAAUGCAAAAGAUGAUGAGAGACCUCCAUUUUUCCAUUACAUAGCCAAUGUAACUUAUCCAAAGUUCUACAAAAUUUUCACACCAAUUGGUUGUGAUUGCACAGAUGGAUGCUUGGAUUCGAAUAAAUGUUUUUGUGCCAUGAGAAAUGGAGGGGAAAUAUCAUAUGAUAGCAAAGGACGUAUUGUAAAAAAGAAGUCCCUUGUUUAUGAGUGUGGCCCUUCAUGUAAGUGCUCUUCCUCUUGCAUGAAUAGAGUGAGCCAGCUUGAUGGCCGUUUCAAACUAGAGAUUUUCAAGACUGAAUUGAAGGGAUGGGGUGUUAGAACAUUAUCUUAUAUUCCUUCAGGAAGUUUUAUAUGCGAGUACAUUGGAGAAAUCCUUCAUGAUGAGGGAGCCAAACGAGGAAUCAAUAAAGAUAACUAUCAAAAAGGUAGUUUUCAAGAAGAAGGUUCGCCAAUCCCUUGGCGUUCACAAUCAAUUUCAGUUGAUAGGGACUACAUUAUCGACGCAACACAAUCUGGAAAUGUGGGAAGAUUUAUCAAUCAUAGUAGUUCUCCUAAUGUUUUUGCUCAAAACGUCUGGUACGAUCAUGAUGACAAGAGAUUUCCACACAUAAUGCUCUUUGCUUCAAAGGACAUACCUCCUCCUCAAGAAUUAACUUACGAUCACUACAAGAAGAGGAAGACUUGUGAAAAGGAAAAGCUAUUAGAAAUCGUUGAGCCGUAA